AUGGUCGCCAAAUACGCCUUCACUCAAGGCCUCAGAGAACUGCGCUUCCAUCUAUGCAGUUCAGGUCCCGCGAGUGAAGCCGCCAGAUCUUUCCUCAAGCGCGCCUACCCUACAAUGAAACAUCAUAAUCCCAACACUCCCAUUUUAAUACGAGAAGCUACAGGUGUAGAGCCCAAGGUGUGGGCGAGAUACGGAUUCGGCAAGGAAAAAUCAGAGUCGUUAUCAGGGCUCUCGGACAAGGAGAUCGAAGACAAAGUAACGAACCUAGUCAAGAGUGAAUGA